AUGAAAUCAUUAGGUAAUAAAGAAAAUGUAAUACCUAAAUAAUAUAAGAUUCCUUCUUCACAAAAUAUUCUAUAAGAAAGCAAAAAUAACAAUGGUAAAGGGACCUAAAGAUAGAACACAACUCGUAUUACAUUUGUAUGAUUUUAGCAUCAAAAUUAAAGUGCUACUAUAAUUAAUUUGAAGUAAAAUUUUAAAAAAGAUCAAUUUCUUUUAUCGAGGAAACUUUAUAAAAAGCUAAUAAAGAACAAAAUCUUGUUUCUACCAUAUAAAAUGAAAAGGAUUAAAACUACUCUGAUAGUGAAUAAUCUCAGGAUUCAAUUAAUAUUUGGUAAGAAGAAUGUAAAUAUGAGGAUUUAUUUGACUUAUUUUAAUUUAGAUUAACUAAUUCUUAUAAAACAACUGAUCAAGUGUAGAAUAAUGUAAUAAAUUUAAUAAAAAGCUAUAAAAAGCUUUUUGGAUAUAGCAUAUUUAGAACAAAUAUUGGAAAAAAUCCAUUUUAUCAUAUGCAAAGAAGAAUGAACUCACUAAAGAGCUUUGAUGAGUAAAAGUAGAACACAAGAUACUCAAAGUACUCUGUUAAAUUUAAAUUAUAAGAAAAUAAGCUUCCUUUUGGAAAGAUUUCUUAUAUGAAUAAUUUAAUUACAGUACAAAAUAAUAAGGAGAAGACACGUUGA